AUGUCGCUUGAACAUGAAGGCUCUCGUUCGCAAAUGAGACAAUUCCGAUGCAACAUUGCUGGUUGUCAGAGAUCAUUCCACCAUGUGCGCAAUCUCGAAGCACAUUUGCACGUUCACGACAGGCCCCGACCGCUCGACCGCGUACUACCCACGUCAUCGGCUGCUGAACGAAGUCACCUCCAAGUUCUUAGACAACAGCGCUCUCGCCAAGAGUUCUUUCGCCGACGCCGCAGACGACAGAAGAACCUCAGAAACGGUUGGCCCGACUGCGACGUCGAUGGCUCGCCCCGCAUUUGUUCAGCCGUUGUUAGGCCAUGCGGAAUUGGCACCCGACCUGGAUUUUCGGAAUGUGAUGGAUCAAUGGAAUGGGGUGUUUGUGGUGAAUCUCGCCCAGGAUCAACAUGUUUUUCGUCACCUUGGGCGUCAUUUCACCAUAAAUCUAUUACGUGAAGCAUUGCAGGGCACAUUGCGGCCUGCUCGACGGCCUCCAGUGGCGGACUCAUAGAUUUUGCUGGAAAGUUAUUUUUGUAGAAAUUACGGUGUUAUAUAGACCAACUACUUCCUGAAUAUAUGCUCCUUAGCCUCAUUGAAUAAAAUCAAGUGAAGCGCCUUUUGAUGGGAUUUUAGCACAGAAACUUGUUGGGGUCAAGAAAGCAAUCCGCCCGCUCGUGUGCAAGUACAGGCUUCGCAGUUACGUAUGCGAAGUGUAAGCGAGGUCAAACGUUAAGCGCGCGUUAAGCGAUCCUUAAGCAGGGCGAGUCAUCGCAGCGCUGGCUAUGAGCGGAUUAUGAGGUUCGCCCAAUUCAGCCGCGCGCGUAUGCGUCCUUAUGCACAUCUUAUGCACCGUUAAGCGCUGUUAAGCGCGCGUAAUCUCGGGCGAAUCCUUAAGUGGGUUCGCGCGCGUGGCCAUUUUGCGGGACGGUUCCUGGAAAGACGCCGACCAAACCCUGCUUUGCAACGAGAUUCUCCCGCGCGUCCUACUCUACUCGACCAAAGAUUUGAUCGAGGAGAUGUUUGACGUACCAAGGACCCACUUUGAGCUGAUGUGGCACCGUGCUGGCCUGUCGGGACUCGCACAAGACGCGCAAGGGUCGCUCCUAGAUCGCUUUCGAAAAGAGCAAGAACUUGAAGCAUCUACCGGCGCGGCCAAGAAAUAUUCGGUGAUGACGGCGAGCUGGGUUGAGGAUGUUGCGCAGCAUGUGAGUCGAAGCUGCAUUCAAGCUCGAGCAUGGUGGGGGCAUCAGCUCCCUACCGACAAUACUGAGCAUCUUUCCCUUUUCCUAUAUGACCUCACAGUGCCACGGUCACGACUAGCGACCACACGAGUUCAAACUCUCGGUCGCUGUGGCUCAGCGCCCCUAUCGAAACGGGGUGUACGACGAGGUUAGCGACUACGAGGAACAUACUGCUGUGUCUGAUCUUCCCUUCACUACGACACCUUUCUUGGCCUGCGCAAGAGAUGCUCCCACAACAACAUCCGGCGCAACGUUCUGGAACCGAGUCAUGGUCCCGUUCGCGGUCGGUCUCUCCCCGCGGCUUCCUACAUGGGACGACGCGGGUGACGAGGUGCAUGCGCCUGAGCUGGUCAAGGUCGUGUUAGAUCUCGUCGAACAUAUUCUUGCGCAACCGAGUCGACUGUUUGCGCCGGGCUUAGCGAUCAACGAGACUGUGGCGUACUUGGUUGUGCUCGACCACGAGACGUGUCGAAUUGCGACCAUCUCGGACUGCUGGCAGAGGGGCUUCGGUGAGCUUGCGGCGGUGCUCUCGGUCUUGCUCGACCUCGACGUCUACUCGGCGGGGUUUCCCUCUUUCCUGCGCUACAAGUGCUUGCCUUCGAGUGGGAUCACGGCAGUGUCGCUGCUCGCGUCAGUCUUUGACUCGUCGGCGGGACGCUCCGUCCAGUUCGAGGAGGAGGAGCCGAUCGCACUCUUGUCCGGCCCGGCUGGGAAACGGGGUUCAGUCUUCUCCCGGAGCACGGCGGUGUUUCAUCUCACACGUCCCAGUUUGCAACGGGAAAGUGGAGAUUCUGUAGCGCCAUUGGGAUCUUCGUUCAUGUUCAAGAUGAGCUUCGUCAGCCCGAGUACUGCGAACGUCGAGCUCGAUAUGCUCACACAGAUCACCAAGGCGCUCGACGACGGAACACUGCCGCCGAAGGUCGCGCAGCAUCUCGCUCUGCUUGAACUCGCCCAGUCGCUCUCGCCUCAUAAGUCGCAGCUUGAGGACGCUCGCCUACCCCGUCCACCAGCCCCGCCACAGGAUAUGUUCUUGCCGUUUUGGCCACCCUGCGCCGAGGUGUCUCGACGCACGCUCGAGCUGCUCAUACUGCGCAACCCAACACCGCUGCCUGUGCCGCUCGUAGAUUUCGCGCGACCACUCGAGCCGAAGCUGUUGGAAUCAACAAUGAUUCCGAAAAUGAUCAACAAAAGAAGAGAAACGGCUGGACCAGGAGUCGAACCUGGGUCGUUUCCAUUAAUCGGAAAAGCUUUGACCUCUAAGCUAUCCGGCCCCUGAUAUCAGUGCAAGGUCUACUAACACCUUCAAUACUUCCCCUUAGACCUUUGCACUGCUGCCAGGCUGUUGCAAUGCGUCGACUCUAAGUCCCAAUUGGACUCUGUGUCAAGCUUCUGCGGCAGCUCCGGCAGCUAUGUGCGGCGUCAUUGGAAAGAUUUACAAGAAAGGUUCUAUAAUAGAUCCUCACAGAAGCCGCUACCGCUACCGCACAUUCCACAAGUCUUUGAUCAACUUCUCAACGUUCUGGCGAUUUUGGUCGAGCGCAACUUCCACCAUCGUGAUUUGUCUGUGGGCCACAUCCUGCACUACCAAGGGCAUCUCGUGCUGGUCGACUGGAGCGCAGGGAUCAGGGCACCCCUCUCGGACUCGGUGCUAGUGGGCGCGGAGGAGUCGAGGUACCUGAAAGGAUCGCCCUACUCGGAUCCUCUGGAUUGGCUGGAAUCGAACAGCGACCCGGAGGUUUGCGUUCCGCCCCCCUACCAGCCCGCGCAUGCGCUGGAGUCGACCAUCUACUGCCUGCUCGUGGGUUUGGCGCACCGCAUCGCGCCGCAGGAGGAGAUUUGGCGCACCUUACGCCUUCAGCACCAGAGUGGAGGUUUUGCGAGUCCGAUGAGGUAUUUUCACCUGCGCGGCAUGCUUUGGAGGCAAAGCCCGUCGGAGUCAUUCUCUCGGCUUUCGAGACGAGGGCAGCUCCUGGCGGCGAUCCGCGGCGAGGACGCCGCACUCGGAGACCUGGUCGACGCUGUGACGGAGGAAUGGCCGUUCAUGAGGUCAAUUGACAACGGCGGUAAGGCUUUGUGGGCAGCGAUUCAAAUCAAAUUCCAUGCUUUCGGUGGUAAUGCGCAGUAG